AUGAUAGCAGGUUUCUUCUUUCUGAUCUUCUUCACAGGUGGAAAUGCUUUCACUGUAGAGCUACGCGAUGAUCAACAGAUGCCCAAUGACACCAUUACUACAGAAAAAGAAGAGAACAAUAAUGGAAACUGUGGUUAUAACGAUGUUGUAAAGUUUCUAAACUUGAACAAAGGCAAUGAUAACUACACCCUGACAAGGCCUGUGAAAAACUACAAUACUGUUACAGAGAUAUCACAUCUAAUGAAAGUUUUUGGGAUCCUAGAUAUGGUAAAAACCGAACAGCUCUUCAUUUCUUAUAUUUGGGUAUUUUUGAGAUGGAAAAAUGAGCACAUUUCUUGGAACCCAAAGGAAUUCUGUGGACUUGAAUCCAUAACAAUUCCUACUGAACUGUUAUGGAUGCCAGAUUUAAUUAUCGAAGAAAUGACAGAGAAGGAUAGGGCUACUACAAACCCUUUUCUGACGAUUUAUUCAAAUGGCAACGUCUCAUUUAGGAAUGAUCAUGUGGUAGUAAGCACCUGUAAGAUGAAUGUGUACAAAUUCCCCUUUGACAUUCAGAGCUGCAACCUCUCCUUCAAGUCAAUGACACAUACUCCUCGAGAAAUAAAUUUGAAAACACUGGAAAAUGAUAAAGUGAUAACAAGGUGGUCCAAAGACUUGAUAGAAACACAGGAUGAAUGGGAGUUCCUCAACAUUACAGUCAACAACCAAACCAGUGAUUUGGACUCAUUUCAAUCUAUGCUUGUUUACACUAUGGAGAGCAAACAGCUGGCAAAUAAUCUCAUCCUCACAGAGGAUGUGAUCAAACAAGAUAGUGGGGGUGAGAAGCUCAGUUUCAAGGUGACUGUCCUGCUUGCUGUCACCGUGAUGCAGCUUAUACUCAAUGACAUUCUGCCGAGCUCUUCAAACAAGGUUCCACUUAUAGGGAUGAAGAAAUGUUGUCACUGUGCACCUGUAUAUGAUGCAUCGUCUGAUGAAACAGAAUCUGUGACCAAAGAGUUCACACCUGCUGCUCCCCUGUCUGCGGACAGCGCUAGCGACCGCUUAGCCCUGGGGCAGACCUUUGGGUUAAGUCCCCGCUUGGCCGUCAGCGGGCUGGACUGCCAACCCCCCCGUCUGUGGACGGCUGGGCGGCUCCGUGGUUGGAUGGACCCUACAGUUUGCAUCCCUGCCUUGGCCCUGCGUCUUGCAGCUGUACUGCUGCUGCGGGCUGUGUUCCUCUGGCGUAUAGCCCACGGUUCGCCGACUCACACGCCAGUGGCGGCUCUGCCUUCCCUUCUGGGGCAUCAUCUGCAUAUCGCGGGCUUCUGUCACAGCGAUAGCCAGCUGCUGUGCUCGAGUGGCUUGGUAGGCUGUGUUGCCCUGGUGUUUGCCCACGUUCGCCGGCUUCCACGCCAGUCGCACCUCGCUGCGGCGAGUGGCAUUCUCCAGCCUAGUGUGUUGCCCGCACGAGUGAGUGUUCUCCAGCCCACAGUGCCUGGCUCCCUGCAGGCGGUUCACCCGUUGCGUGUUAGCCAGGCCUCGCUGUGUCUGAUAAGUCAGCCAGCGAGUGUGUUGUGCCGCUUGGCCCUGGGGCGACCUGUGGGUCGCGUCCCUGGCUUGGAGCUCCUCUCCAGCGGCUGCACUACAGCUGCUUGCUGUGUUCCCCUGGCGUACAAGCACGUGGUGACGGUGCUGGGGGUGGACCUUCGGGUCAUCGCCUUGCUCAGCCCUCCACUUAUGCCGGCUAGGCUGCCAGCCCCCCCCCUCCCUGUCUGUGAACAGCUCGGGGUGGCUUCGGCUUUGAGGAUGGACGGGUCACAUCCAAAGCUUCACCUGAGGUUGCUGGCUGUGUUCCCCUGGCGUGUUGCCCGCUUCGCCGGCGUACACGCCAGUCGGACCUCGCUGUGGCGAGUGAGAGUUCUCCAGCCUGUAGCGCCGACUCUCUGUCUGGCAUUGCCCUCAUGUUGUAGGCCUAUGCGACCAGCGGGAUGCUACUUGGCAGCUCGGUGUGCUGCGUUCCCUGCCGGUCUGCCUCGCGGUUCCCGGGCUGACCUUGAGCGGCCAAUCACUUACGGUCCUGUGUCCUGCAUGACCGGUUCAGGGCAGUCUAGCGUCUGCAGACUGCUGCCUCCACCCCCUGGCUCGGCCUUCGCAUUGCGAAGCCCUGACCAGGGUGGUGUCUCUCUUGGUGCGUUGUCACUGACUCCCGGCACCUUCACUCUCGGUGGUGCACUGUCUCCUCGCGGGGUGUCUUACAGAGUUACCCCGUACAUAUGGAAUAUGUAA